CUGACGCCGCGCAGAGCAGCGGGACCGAGGCGAGGGGGGUCGCGGGGCGCAGGGCUGAGGGACCCGUACGCCCCGCGCGGCCAUGGCGGUGGCCGGGGACCCGCGGCGGCUCUACCGGCUGGCGCAGAAGGGCCAGCUGUGCGCCCUGCGGGAGGAGCUGCGGGGAGCCGGGGGCGUGGGCUGCGUGGGGCCAGCCGGGGACACCCUCCUGCACUGCGCCGCCCGCCACGGCCAUCGGGACAUGCUAGCCUACCUGGUGGAGUCCUGGGACAUGGACAUCGAGGCAGCCAACCGGGACUACAAGCGGCCUCUGCACGAGGCUGCCUCCAUGGGCCACCGGGACUGCGUGCGGUACCUGCUAGGCAGAGGAGCCUCGGUGGACUGCUUGAAGAAGGCCGACUGGACCCCGCUAAUGAUGGCUUGCACAAGGAGGAAUCUUGAGGUGAUCCGGGACCUUGUGGAACAUGGUGCCAACCCGCUUCUCAAGAACAAAGACGGCUGGAACAGUGUCCACAUCGCCAGCCGAGAGGGUGACCCUGUGAUCCUCCAGUACUUGCUCGCUGUUUGCCCAGACGCCUGGAAGACCGAGAGCAAGGUCGGGAGAACGCCCCUGCACACGGCAGCAAUGCAUGGCUGUUUAGAGGCAGUAAAGGUGCUUCUAAAGAGGUGCCAGUACCAGCCGGACUGCAGGGAUCGGUGCGGCUCCACACCCCUCAUGGACGCGCUUCAGUGCGGCCACAUCGACGUAGCCAGGCUGCUGCUGGAACAGCAUCAGGCCAGCACGUCUGCCCAGGACUCCCUGGGGGCACAGGCCAUCCACAGGGCAGCGCUCACCGGGCAGAACGAAGCCAUCCGCUUCUUGGUCUCUGAACUCGGCACAGACGUGGACGUGAGAGCAGCAGGCCACCUCACCGCACUGCAUUACGCCGCUAAGGAAGGACACGUGAGCACGGUCCAAGUGCUCUUAUCCUUGGGGGCUGACAUCAACUGUAAAGAUGCAAGAAGUCGAUCAGCCCUGCACCUGGCCUGCACGGGCCAGCACGCGGCCUGUGUGGCGCUGCUCCUGCGGUCCGGGCUGCGGGACGCGCCGGACGACUCGGGCCUGGCUCAGCAGCUCGCCCGCCACGCAGAAGUCCUGCCGUGCUUCGACCGCAGCGUGGCGCAGUGAUGGGAGACGGCGCCUCCGCAGAAGACGGCAGAGCGCGUGGUGACGCGCGUCCUGCUCGGGGAGCUCCGUGAAGUCGAGAGCGCACGCAUGAGACCGAGGUCAAGGAUGGGAGAGAAUCCCAAGCGGGCUCCGUGCUGAUAGCGCAGGGCUUGAUCCCACGAACCGUGAGACCGUGACCUGAGCGACAUCAAGAACUGGCCACCGAACUGACCGAGCCACCCAGGCGCCCCUGCCUGUUCACUUUCCUCUCUCGUGAGCUCUUCCCGGACCGUUACGUCGGUUCCACGCUGGCCGGAGCCAGGGAGGAGCCGCUUACCACCUGCUAACACAGACGUCAGCGAGAAAAUCAUGACGGGGGCUCUCCAUCCUGUGCGCUGCCAGCUAAGUGAUGACGGUUUACUCUUGAGGUUAUUUUUAUUUACUAAGUUCUGUGUUGGCUUCCUUCGGGUAAUAAAUACACCAAAAAAUGCAUCUAAGAUAUUUUCAAAACCUUUCUGUCACUUCAGUUGAAGAAUGGAGUUCUUAGAACCUGCAGGUCAUGUUUCCCGUCUGUACCACCUGCCCGCCAAGGCCGUGACAUUGUGCCUCCAAAACCCUGUGCAGUUAAAACAGAUUGAAGACA